UCUCAGGUAACAGGUGGCAGCUUCCCCCUGUAGGAUUCUAGGCAUAAAAAAGAAUGACCUCAUAGGGGUGGUGCCCUGGGACUCCAGAGGUGGCAGUCACAGUCAGGUAACCCUGGAGUGAAGCUGAUGACUUAGAAGGGGACAGUUAACCUGCUUAGGCCAGUGGCUUUAACUUCCACCCUGAGGCCGGCUGUGGGCAGCCAGCCGCUGCCUCCCUGGCCUCUUGAGCUGGUCUCUGCCUCGAUGGAGCCCAAAGAAGCCCCCGGGAAAGAAAACAUGGGCACCAGGAAAAAGAAUCUCCCCUUCCUGAGGUCCAGGCUCUAUAUGCUGGAGAGAAGGAAGACGGACACUGCAGUUGAGAGCAGUGUUCCCGGGGACCACUCUGGUACCUUGAGGAGGAGCCAGUCCGACAGGACCGAGUACAACCAGAAAUUACAAGAAAAGAUGACCCCACAGGCCGGGUGUUCCCCGGUUGAGACCCUAACUCAGGAGGAGGAACAGCAGAUGCAGAGAAUGAUGGCAAAGCGUUCGAAAAUCAUCAAGGAGCUGAUACAGACCGAAAGGGAUUACCUCAAUGAUCUAGAGCUGUGUGUUAAAGAAGUGAUUCAGCCCUUGAGAAAUAAACAGAUCGAUCGGCUGGAUGUGGAUAGCUUAUUUAGCAACAUUGAAUCCGUGCAUCAGAUAUCAGCCAAGCUGCUGUCAUUGUUGGAAGAGGCCACAACAGACGUGGAACCGGCCAUGCAAGUAAUCGGAGAAGUAUUCUUACAGAUUAAAGGGCCAUUGGAAGAUAUUUAUAAAAUCUACUGUUAUCAGCACGACGAAGCACACAGUGUACUGGAGUCCUAUGAAAAGGAAGAGGAGCUCAAGCAACAUUUGAGCCUCUGUAUCCAGUCCUUAAAGAAAAUAUACAUGCAAGAGGGCAAACCGAACUUACUGGACAUGGGCUCUUUGAUGAUCAAACCAAUUCAGCGUGUGAUGAAGUACCCCCUAUUACUGUGUGAACUCAGGAAUUCCACCCCUCGCUCUCACCCAGACUUCAAAGCACUGGAGGAUGCCUUUGCUGCAGUGAAAGACAUUAACAUCAACAUUAAUGAACUUAAAAGACGGAAAGAUUUAGUUCUAAAAUAUAAGAAGAAUGAUGAGGAUGAAUCACUUAAAGAUAAAUUAUCUAAACUAAAUAUUCAUUCAAUUAGCAAGAAAUCAAAAAGAGUGACGAAUCAUCUCAAGAUUCUGACCAGAGGAGAAUCACAGGUGAAAGACAGCACCUUUAAUAGAGAAGAAAAGCUAUUUAGAUCUUUAGAAAAGACCGUGAGGCAUUGUGUGAAGAACAUCUCAUUCUGUCUUCAACAUGUCCAGGAUGCCAUGUCUUUAACUCUGCGGAGUGUAACAGAGCUCCAGGAGAUUUCACACAACAAAGAUGAGGAGGAGAGGGGCUAUUCAGAGGUUUCCAGUAAUGCCCCAAAUCUUUCUGAUGACUUUGCAGCAGACUUACAGAAGCUCGUCCUGACUCCCCUGUCAGCCCUGCUGUCCCUCUUCCCAGGGCCUCAGAAGCUAAUCCAGAAACGCUAUGACAAACUGCUGGACUACAACAGCUACCUGCAGCGGGCGGUAGCAGAUGAUUCAGACUUGGCCAAAAGGGAAUAUGAGGCCCUCAAUGCACAGCUCGUGGAAGAGCUCCACGUUUUCAACCAGGCCGCACGCAAGAUUCUGCUGAACUGUCUAUGCAGUUUCAUCACCCUCCUCAGGGACCUGAUGCUCCUGGCCCAGCGGCAUUAUUCCACGGUAAUGCCGGUACCACUGUCGGCUUCAAGCAUCUCUGAAAUUCAGAAUCGAGUACUAGAAGAGGUUCAAAGUCUGAAUUUUGUAAAGGAUAACAGUGCUACCUUUAUUGAGAGGAAACUUAGUUUUGAAAAGAAGAAGCCUGUGCAAACUGUGCCGGAAGUGCCACGUCAAACUGACACUCACCGCUCCAAACUUCUAUCCACAUACAGUAUGGAGGAACUCUACCAAGCUAAGCGCAAGUGCAAUGCUACACAAGAAUAUGACAUCAAUCUUCUAGAAGGGGAGUUGGUGGCUGUGAUGGAACAGAAAGAUCCACUGGGGAGUUCGAGCAGGUGGCUUGUUGACACAGGACUUAUAAAAGGAUAUGUGUAUUCCUCCUUCCUAAAGCCCUACAAUCCAGCCAAAGUACAAAAGGUGGAUGCUGAGAACAGGUUCUGUGAUGAUGAUUUUGAUAACAUCAGCCUCUUUGUGUCUUCACGCCCAGCCCAUGACAGUGUCACAGGCACCCCGGAAGGUAGCAUAAGUGAUAGCAGCUCAUCUCUUAGUGGAACAUGUGGGAAGUCUGAAGCAAAUGGUACUGAUGCUGACAGUUUUCAAGAGGUAGAUGAACAGAUUUUCUAUGCAGUUCAUGCCUUUCAAGCACGGAGUGACCAUGAACUCAGCCUUAAGGAAUACCAAAGAGUCCACAUACUUAGAUUUUGUGACCUAAGCGGCAAUAAAGAGUGGUGGUUAGCUGAAGUUCAAGGGCAGAAAGGCUAUGUUCCAGCUAACUACCUUGGGAAGAUGACUUAUGCUUAAGAAAAUAAGCCUUUGACUUUUAUUUUCUGGCAAGUUGUUGAUUUACUACCUCAUAAAACUGACAUUACAAAAUGUUGGCCUAAAAAUCAAGAAACUUCCAAAUUACAUGAACUGAUAUCAUACCAGGUUUUAAGGUAGACUAUGCUUCCUAACAAGAUUAUUUCAAAAUAUGUUAUGAAGAAUACAUGUUGAAGGAGGCACUAAACAAACAGAAAUAGCAAAACAAACAGCCAAAAUUCCAACUAUCAACUACUUAAAAAAGUGAUCUUCUGAAAAGAUAAAUGUAUUUCUUUAUCGUCAUGAGAAGUCAGAGCUAAGGACAAGUUAUUUUUGAUUUA